AUGAUUAACUACGUCUCGAAGCUCGUUGCCCGCGAUGACACCAAAUCCCAAGAUGGCCUUUCUACUCCCAUGGUCGACCUGUUGAUUACCCUGUUGGUUCUCAUUCUGCUUGCCCUCGGCCUCGUCGGCGGUCUGCUCCUUCUCAAGCGCAAGCGCCAGGCCCAGAAGGACACCCUGCUCCCCGUUCACAACGGUCAAGUCCCCACCUCCGGGCGCCGUCUAACUAUCCACGCCGGAAAGACCAACUCCAUUCUCGUCUACGAUGAAAAACGCUCCUUGAUGGAGAACUCCGACAGCCCGCCCUCCAGCCCUGUUCCCGAGAUUCGUAUCACCUUCCCCGAGGAGGAGGAUGCAUCUGGUAAGCGCAGAUCCGGUCGUAUGGUCGUUGUGCGCAUCAGCGAGACCGGUAGUGUUGGCCUCGAGCCUUGCCACGAAGACCUCCCACCUUACCAAACCACCGACACCGGUCGCUUUCACUCGCUCGACAUCGAGCGUAUGGGUGGCUUGAAGGAGAAGGGAGAAGUCAACCACUUCUCCUAA